AGAGAAGAGGAGAAAGGCUGACGUCAUGAUGGAGGUGGGAUGGCUUUAUGUGUGAGUGUGAGAGUGGAGAAGGGAAGAGAAGAAGAAAGGAGACUCCAGUGAAUGAGCUGCACCGGGAAGACAUUCAAAACAAAGGAGGAGGAGAAGAAGGAAGAGGACAUCAGCUUCUUCACUUCUGCGAGCUGCUAGAUCUCUCCACGGUGACUUCAAGUGUGCCUUUCAGAUGGUACCAUGGCUGAGGGAAGCUGCUUCGGUGCGAUGUAGCUGUUUGGGAUGACCAGAGCCGGACCUUGCCUCAAAGAAGAAAGAAUCGUGAGAGGAGGGAAAACAUCUGCUCAGAGAAGAUAAGAUCAGAGCCGUACCUUUCUCUUUGUAAGGAAAGGAAUUUAAACUCCCCAGUAUCAGUGCUCUGUCACUUUUAAAGGGCUUUUAUUUUUUUUAUCAUUGGUUGUUGCCAUCUCAGAAAGCGUUAACACCAUGUGCCAUGUUAUCGUAACAUGCCGCUCCAUGCUCUGGACGCUGCUCAGCAUCGUGGUGGCCUUCGCUGAGCUCAUUGCCUUCAUGAGCCCCGACUGGCUGCUGGGAUUCCCUCGGUCCGACUCCAGGUCAAACGGGGCGGGCGUGGACUCCGGGGAGUACCGGCCGUCUCUCGGCCUCUACAGCCGCUGCCUUCGCGUCGGGGCCAGGGGAGUCGGGGUGAGCUGCGGGCCCUACGCCGGGUCGUUCGGAGAGGUGGCCAGCGGCUUCUGGCAGGCGGCCAUGUUGUUUCUGGCAGCAGGGAUGUUGGUGCUGGGAGGAGUGGCCUGUAUCUCAAUCUUCAGCCUGUGCUUCCAGAGCAUCCUGAGGAAGAGCAUAUUCAACAUCUGUGGACUGCUCCAGGCUAUCGCAGGCCUGUUGCUGAUGGUAGGCCUCAUGCUGUACCCUGCCGGUUGGGGUUCAGAGAAGGUGAUCAGCUACUGCGGCGCCGAGGCCUUGCCCUUUAGGCCGGCUAUGUGCUCGCUCGGCUGGGCGUUCUACGCAGCCAUAGGAGGAACGCUGGGGUCCUUCCUGUGCGCCGUCUUGUCCGCCCAGGCUGAGAUCGCCACCUCCAGCGAUAAAGUUCAGGAGGAGAUUGAAGAGGGGAAGAGUCUGAUCUGUCUGCUCUGAGCCGUCACAAAAACCUCCUUGGUGUCAUUUCUCUUAUAUGGACAACAGACAUUCCUCUGGGGGGUUUGCUUCACGAUAGCCUGGAUAAAAUCAGUGAUUGUUGAAAAGAUAGAAGCCCUCCCAAAUGUGCCGAAGCCUACCUGAUGAUAACAUGAAAAAAAUAUUCUACAGCUUCAGGUUAAACUAGCCAAAAGGGCUCUGGUACAGCAGCAGGCUGAGGAACAUUUUUAGACCAAGAUACUGUUUAUUUUUGUAAUAAUCUUUGCCUUAAACAAACCACUGUGCUGGAAUAGCAGAUUAGUUAGAGAAAUUGGUAGUGGAUGUGUCGUUAGUGUUAUUGUGGACAGGUUAAACACUGCCAGUCAGACAGUGUGUAGGCCCAUUAUAAUGUUCAUUCACACGGUUCACCUGCAAACCUCAACAAACCACUGAAUACUAGCAGAUGUGUCCACUAAACUCCCAACAACAGCUUGCAUAUGUGGGCAAGUGUGUGUGUGUGUGUGUGACAUGAACUGCUCUGAUUGUAUUUGUAGUUGCUACCUUGGUAGUGGCUAAUUGGGAUCCGCAUAAAUAAAUAAAUGGCACAGCAGGACAGUAAGACUCUCUAGCUAGCUUCACAUGUGCCACUUAAGGGAUUGUUCACUUUAAAUGGAGUUUGGCCUGUUAAACGGAUUGUUUGUGGGCCUCUCGCAGCGUAUGAACUGGCAGAGUGUGUGAACAGAACAGAAAAGGAACAGAGACUCGCCAUAUGUUUCACUGUGGUAAAAUUUCAUGAGGGGAUGUUUGCUCACAGCGAGAUAAAUCAGGCUGCACCAGAGCUUAUCAUAGGUUCCCGACACGCUUGGCAGACAAGAUCCGGCUUUGUAAAGAUGUCCCAGACACACAAAAAAGUGGGUAAAAAUUCAAAAAGCCUUUUGUUGAGCUUUUGCUAGAUGAUUGCAAAAUGUUUCAUCAGUGUUGCCCUCUUUGUUUGUUUGGUACUUUUUGGAGAUCACCUGAUAUUGUGUGUUUUGCACUCCUUUCACAUUGCUUCAUAUUUUCCCAACUGUGCUUCAUUUAAGUUGCUGUAAAUUGCUUUUAUUCAUUGUAGAUGACAUGUGCAAUAAUUCAGCUAUGGUGCGUUUGCUGUGAGAGUGAGUGGACCGAGAGGAUUUCUAUAGGCUGUCUGUGCGUAAAUUAAUAUGUUGACCGUCCGCUGUUUUUGUUACAUUAACAAAAGAGUAACAGCAUCCGUGGCACAUUGUAUGAUGCUGUGUGUAUGAGAGGUCGACGUGUGAGGAAAGAUACAGUCUGUACUCAAAUAAACCAGGCCUUCUUUAGUCAUUCUAUCUGUGUGAAGUAUGUAAAACCUUUCUUUUACUCGGGUAAGUUCCCUCUUUCAUGUUUCUUUCCUGUUAAAACCAAACUUCCUGAGGAAACAGUGACACCUAGAGAUGGAGAGUAGACAAUGCAGAACAGUAGAUUGCUUUCCAACCAAGCUUGCAAGAUAAAUUUGAAGGGUUUUAUUAAAUACUGCCAUGUUUCACUUUGUCAAUCCUCUUAAACCUGUUUAAAUAUAAGAGUUCGAACAUCCUCACCACUCCUUUAUGUACGUAAACUGUGACAUGGGGUCAUGAGUAGACAUUGCUUCAUUUUAAAUCUUUACCAGGCUGGGAACCAUGGUCUUAUACCACUGAUCCUAAACAAAUAAAAACUUUGGUUGAAGUACUUAAAAGUUAUAUAACUUUCUGAAAACAAGUCAGCCAAUAUUUCUUUCAAAUUUUAUUUCAUGUUAAUACCAUAAAUAUACAAAACUCAAACUAUUUCACAUGCAACAUAGGCCAGACAAGAGUGCAUUACGUUUUCUUUUUACAUGUGAUUGAUAAUGGGGAUCAAAUUUUCAACUUUACAAAAUAUACAAGUGUCCCUUUUUUGAACGAGUUUCUUCUCUGAUUCAGUGAAAUAACAUGGUCACAGGUCAAAAACACAGUUUUGUGUCAGCAAACUUCAAAUACACCGUUCUGUACUGCGGACCAGCUCGCCAAAUACAUCUAUAAAUGACCCACUGUGGCUUCGUAUAACAACGGUUUAAAACUAUAGGUACACGGGAAUUAUGUGGGUGUUUGUAGCAAAGAAAACGGGGAUCAAUAUGUUAAAAGUAAACUAUGGCAAAGGGAGCACAUCACAAACCAUGAUUUUAAAAACAAAUCUAUAUGGACAUUUGGUAGAUUUCUCACAGCUUUUCAGGACAUAGAAUAACACUUGAGGGAGAUAUUUUUUUUUGCCUUUCAUACCAAUCCUGCACUCAUCCUCAUCCAUACAAGCACACCUCUUGCGGGGUCAAGUUGCAAAGUCAUUGAACACUUUAAAAUCUAGCUUAUGCUAUGAUC